AUGAAUGAUUCCUUAAUAAGUAAAAUAAUAAAUGAAAAUGGUCAAUUGAACAUUAAAUUAAAAAUUCAAGGCAUAAAUAAUCAAGACAAUAUUCGAAAUAUUUGUGAAAUUGAACAUGUAGAUCAUGGAAGGCAAACAAUAAUUGAUUAAUUACUUAACACAUCUGGCAUAAAUCUUAUUGAUUAAUCAAAAGAGGUAUUGAUAAUUAAUAAAAAUACUAAGUUUUCAUUAUAGUAUGAUUUCAACCUUUCGCCUAAUUGAGCAAGAUAAUAAUAAUUAUUCAAUUUGAUCGAUUGCCCUAGAUUACUAAAUCUUGUAUCUGAAGCUAUUUCAUCCUCAUUGAGAGUAUCAGAUGGAUUCUAAAUUGUUGUGGAUUAUCUAGAUGGAACAGUAUAUUCCACAGAAUCCAUUUUGAGAAUGGCUGUGUAAGAGAAAGUCAAACCUGUGUUAAUGGUGAAUAAAUUAGACAGAGCAAUUCAAGAAAUACAACAAGAUAGUGAAACUAUUUAAACUAUACAACACUAUUUACAUACUAAUCAGAUGAUAUGGUAAGGAACUGUAGCAUUCGGAUCAGGAAAGAAUGGUUGGUCAUCAACAUGCAUAAAAUUCGCUGAACUAUAUGAUACUUAAUUCAACACAGAAUCAAAGAAGUUAUAAGACAAAAUUUUGGGAGAAAAUUACUUAGAUACAGAAACCAACAGUUGGAUUAAGGAUAGUCAUAAAAAUAAUAGUAAAGAAUUUUGA